CCCCUGCGCCGGGUCGGGAACGCCGGGCCCUGCCUCUGACUCGGGGCUGCCCAGGCGCAGGCUCGGUGUCCGUGACCGCCCGGCCACACCCCGCGGCGGCGCUCGCCUGCGGGAUCGGAGACGGGCGGAACUUGCCUCAGCUUCUGCUUCCCAGGGGCGGGCGUAGUAAGAGCCUCGAGGGCCCGCCCGGGGGGUCCCUGCAGAAAUGGCGAGCGUGUGACACCGGUGUGAGGAGUGAGUGAGGUGGCUUCUUAGGGCUGGCGUGGGCUUUACCACCACAGAAUGCCCUGGGAUGGCCGCCACUCCCUUCCCCACCCCUCCGCUGGCAGGCUUCGCCCUAGGUGACAACAGAAACUGAAAUAUGGGGGGAGAGUGAUAAAAUGGGACCAGAGCCAGAGACCAGGCUUUGGAUGCCACGGUGGUAAGCUAUUUGUACCUAAAAUGCCUCUAACUUGAAGCCUAAUGACCUGUAUUUGGUCUAGAGGGUGCUUUUAGAAGUUGUCAACAUUUUUUAAUUGACAGACUUCAUAUUUUUAAGUGUUUACAGUUGCUCCUGAAGAGAAGAUCUAGCCACACUCAGGGUUUUUCUCAUCAAAAGCGUUUUUCACAAGGCAUAAGUACCUUUCUUACCGGUGGUUUUUCUUCUCUGCCAUUUUAAAGUUCCCUUCCCAGGGCGGCAGCCAGAACGCGUUCCCACCCGCAUGUUUUGUGGGAUGGGUGCUUUAAGAAGACUGCACCCUGCUUAUCUGGAAAGUCUCUACGGAAAAGCGGAAGCAGCCAGCAAGUUUCUCUGUCUCCCUGCAUGUAGGUGAACAUCCUGCCCACAUGUGAGCAGAUCCAGCCCAUCUGAGUGGCAGUGCAGAGCCCUGGCUGCCAGCCCACUCCGACUGACCUGGGGCCGUGGGUGCGCCCCACCCCCGCUCAGCCAUGGCCCUGGUCAGCAUCAACGAGCUGCCCGAGAACAUCCUGCUGGAGCUGUUCACGCACGUGCCCGCCCGCCAGCUGCUGCUGCGCUGUCGCCCCGUCUGCAGCCUCUGGCGAGACCUCAUUGACGUUGUGACCCUCUGGAAGCGCAAGUGCCUGCUCGAGGGCUUCAUCACCGAGCACUGGGACCAGCCCGUGGACAACUGGAAGAUCUUCUACUUCCUGUGCAGCCUCCGCAGGAACCUCCUGCGCAACCCGUGCGCGGAAGAGGAUAUGGGAUCAUGGCAAAUCGACUCCAAUGGAGGGGACCACUGGAAGGUGGAGAGCCUGCCUGGAGACCAUGGGAUGGAUUUUCCUGAUCCCAAAGUCAAGAAGUACUUUGUCACAUCAUACAGCACGUGCCUCAAGUCCCAGCUGGUGGACCUCAAGGCCGAGGGCUACUGGGAGGAGCUCAUGGACACAUUUCGGCCCAACAUCGUGGUUAAAGACUGGUUCGCAGCCAGAGCAGACUGUGGCUGCACCUACCAAAUCCGAGUGCAGCUGGUCUCAGCCGACUACAUCGUCUUGGCCUCCUUCGAGCCCCCGCCUGUGACCAUCCAACAGUGGAACGACGCCAUGUGGACGGAGGUCUCCCACACCUUCUCAGACUACCCUCCAGGCGUCCGCCACAUCCUCUUUCAGCACGGGGGCAAGGACACCCAGUUCUGGGCAGGCUGGUAUGGGCCCCGGGUCACCAACAGCAGCAUCAUCAUCGGCCAUGAGACGACCAGGAACCCAGCCGCCGCCACAGCUUGGCCCGAACCGCGGCAGGGGCAGGAGGAAGCUGCCCACCGGCCCUCCCCACUUCGUCUCCACCAGCCCUUCUGACAGUCUGUCCUCUGACAGCCAGUCAUCCGUCCCCUGUCUGCGUCAGCCAAAGUCCUUCCAGGCAAGAGCUGAGCUGGGAGUAGGCAGUGAGGCACCGUCCCAGGAGCUCCUGCCCCACCUUCAGCCUUGGGCAAGCCCGCCAGCUCCUGGUACCAAACCGUCACAUAGCUCUGAUGUUUUGUCAUAAUAAACAUUUUCAGUAAAGCCA